AGUUUAACAAAAAUGACAGCCGAAUCCACUAUAUGCUCUGAAGUUGCGCAUAAUCGAACUUUUUUAUCGACAUAGGUCGAUUAGUUAAUUGUAAUAUUGCAACUGCAGCGCUAUGCUAGUUCAAAUCUCGCCCUAAGUAGCUCGAAUCGUCUCGUUGCAAAAGUGUCUGCGUCUUAUUUAUAUUCGUUAUUACUUUUUUUUGUAGUGAGAUUACGUAUUGUUAGUGAAAACAUCUCAGAAGUACGUAAAAAUGCGAAUAAAAAAACGAGAUAAAGAAAGAGGUAAGCGAAUUAUCCAACUGAUAUUUUCAAUCUACGUUCUUCGUAAUAAACAGGAUAAUCAAAAGCAUACAGAAAUAGAUCAUAAAAACUACUCGAAAACGUUUAGAUUUAUAUUUACUUACGUUUCAAAAGAAUUAGACUAGCAGUAACGAAAAGAACAAAAAAAGAAAUCAGGUUUGGAGAGGUUAGACAGGUUCGAAGAACGUUCGUUUAAAGAGAUACGGUUUGUCGAGGGACGGUAAAUGGGCGAAAACGCGGCGGAGAACGCGUAGACACAUCGCGAGAAGAAGUAGUAAACCGUGAAUAGAAGUGCACUGGUAGAUUCAACAAAAGGUGAACCCACAAAGUGGGUCUAGCUGUGUAGGUCUACGGAAGGCGGGAGGCAACCGGCCAACUCCGUAGGUAGAGGAGAUAUAUCGGAGCUCGGGCGUAUUCGGGCAGGCUCGUGCGUUCCCGCUAGCUGGUGGUGGCCGCGCACCUCCGCCAAGUUUCACGCUGCGUGGAACGAAACUCGUACGCGAUCAGCUCGACCGAGGCAAUCCGGCAUCCUUACGUAUGCUCGUUGCGUUCUUGACCGAUAUGGUGUUUUUUCCCCGUAAUUCGUGACCCUGAUCGCGAGAUAGCGUCGAUCGCGAUAGAUAAAACCGGGUAUCGCGUCAAGAGAGUCAGGUUCGAUCCCCGGACGGUUCGACCCCCUCUUGUGUGAUUGAACGAGAGCAAGCACGUCGGUUGCCGCUGGAUUCUCGAGGCAGUGUACCGUAAAAAGUUCGCGGAACACGGUGAAAACGCGAGUCGUCCGUUCUCGCGCGUACGUAUAUCGGUGCUUCACGCUCGACGACGUCUUGUCGUCUCUCGUUGUCGGAGAGGGAGAAAAAGAGAAAGAAGAGAAGCUCUGAAGCGUGUCUGCAUCGUGGACACUUGGCUCGUUCGCUCGCGCCAAGAACCAGCUGGAAGUGACAACCCUCCGGAGAAAAUCUAUCUCUCCUUCGUUUAUCGACGCUCAAUAGAAAUCGUGCGACUCGUACGAGCGACACUCGACGAAUGACGAGAAGGAAAGGGCCCCCAAUAGGGCCAGGUAACGAUCCGACCGAAGGAAAAUCGGAGUCGUAGGCGGGGCCUAAGGUCGGGGACACGUGACACGGAAACUGUCACGCCGCCCUUGUCCUCCCCUCCUUCACCCCCUCCACUCGACCGAAAAGCACCGAGCCAACUAUACGAGCGCUGCUUCUACCAACCGACAGCGUGCCGCUGAACGCUUCUGUUCGCUCCUCGAUUCUUCGCUUCUUUAUUUCGUUGUGCUCGACUGAUCAAUUUUUUCAUGCUGGAUACGUACAAGCGCACGCUUCACGAUCACUUAUGAUGAUGAUGAUGAUGAUGCUCCUCUAAGAAUAUAUUAUAUUUAAACGACGCCAUAUCAUUUUUACAUGCUCAUCACUCUUGGAACUUUGAAUCUUCAAUUUUAAAGAUUUAUAAAUAGGAAAUACAACGAUACAAAUGUGAUAUUAGAAAAAUUUUCAACGAAUUUUUUUUUUUCAUAAUAUUUCGUGACUCGAAAAAACGGAAAUGGCAGUGAUAUCGUUAAUAGUGUUUGAAAUUUAACUCGUAUUUGCCACGUAUUUUUUCAUCAUCUGACCGCAUGAUAUGAAGGACGAUUAUUAAAGAUUAUGAUAAAUUCGAUCGUAACACGCGAUCACGACACUUCUCGACGUACAACGUAAUCAAUUAUUUAAUCUUUUUCGACAGUACUGGUUCGCGAUUGUUCUCGAAUAAUGCUCGUUCAAUCCAUCGAUUGCCAUAAUACAUUCGUGAUCAUAUUUAUGAUUCGGCCGUUAUUCGACGCGGUCGGAUUCGCGGUUUGACGCGGGCCGCCGCGUCACAGUGGACAUCCUUAGGAUGCAGCAGGGUAGUGUAGGCGACGGGGACUCGGCCCCGAGAAAUUCGCCGAAAAACUCGAACACGGGCGUCGCCGACGGUCGAGUUCGGGUUAAAGUCGAAGCGCCAGAGUCGACGGAACUGUUCGACGUUAAACGAGAAACCCAAGACGAAUAUCAUGCCGUUCAACACGAUUACCAUUACGACAGGAAACCACCAAUCGUUCCAACGAAGCUCGAUGCAAAUUCCGAAAUUAUCAAUCAGUGUCAGCCGCCCCAUCAAGGUUAUCCACGGCCGGUAAACUCCGGGCUUCCGAAUUCUUAUGGGUUUUCACAUUUCUAUGGGCCAUCGAUGCUGCCCCCCUCGUUUCAUGGCGCCAGACCAUCUCCAGAUCGGCCUAUUGGGAAAAUUGACGAGCAUGAACACGAACAGGAACGUUACAGAGUGCCCGUGUCUGGUGUCGCUAGUGACAGUGUUUUUAUGCACCACGAUCCUCAUAGAUACGAGAUUGGUGAUUACCACGGGAAAGGAUAUUCUGGAAUGGCUUAUUCCGCGUUUCGAUCAUCAAUGCAGCAGCGCGCACCGAUGUACACCGGUCAUCACAACAAUAGUAGCUACAGGACCGCGCAGUAUCAAAACAGAAAGCGCAAGUGGAGCGGCGCUGCGCUGCGCGGAAUGCCGCCAUCGAUGCCUUGGCCAACGUGGUUCUACAGGCCGGAUUUCCCUCUCGGCACUCCAUUGCCCACCAGCCACGUUUCGAACGCGAGCAACGUCCCCGCUUCGUCCCCUCUGUGCUCCAGGACCACCACUCACUUGCAAUCGGAGGCGUCCAAGGGCACUAAAAAUCCCCUAGCUACGAGGCUACGAGGAUAA